AUGGCACCAUUAGCCUUUCCCAUUUUAUCUUCCCGUUCGUCUCCAAACAAAGUCGCAAAUUCCACAUCCCAAACUAUAGAACUUUUCACUCAAUCUUCUUCCGCAUUCUCUACCUACACUCCUUCUCCUACUCAAUUUCCCACUCCCUCAACACUGCCUCUAGAAUCUUCAAUCCCGACUGCGCUCCCCGAUCUGAUUCGUGAACAAUUCUCCACUAUCAUAGUUGAUGCCCCCACCACUACUUACACAUCCUAUAUCGAACUCAACGAUAAUGCUUUUACUUAUGAAUCUGCUUCCCUCCCUUAUUCGACUCCGAUUGGUGAUUCAUACGCAGUGGAGACGCAGGCACCUCAACCCAACAAUAGCGGUAGAGAUAUCGGAAUAGUCAUUGGCUGUAUCAUUGGGGUAUUGAUAUUAGGACUGAUGGGUUGGGUGUACGCGAUGAAGGCGAAACGCAGUCGAAGGAAGAGGGGAAAAGGGAAAGGAAAGGAGAAGGAGAUUGUGAAGGAAACGGUGAAGGUCAAGGUAAAGGUGAAAAAGAGGAAGCACAGGAAGCAUAAGAAGCAUAGAAAAACGGAAGCGGAAACAGCAGGGGGUUCCGGGGGUGUAGCACCGGCUGCUGGAGGUGCUUAG